CUCAGGUGCACAAGCCGGAAGUGCGCUCACCUCCAAGGUGAGUGACUAAACUUUCCGGGUCACGUGAGCCGGCGGAGCUGGAAGAGUCCGACCGAGCUACUGACCGACGGAUCGAGGGUUCGAGCGAGGAACCGGGAUCGAGACCCUGAGCGGCGGUCGAAGACGCCCGGGCCAGCCCCCAGGUGUGGGGUCGAAGGUACCCCCCCCCACCCCGCCCGAGAUGCGGUAGGAGCGGCGCGCGCGACAAGCCCCGUCCCCGGUGCCACCAGCCCGUCACCCGGCCCAUGGCGAGCCCCGGCCUGGGGCUGCUCUUGGCGCUCGGCCUGCCGCUGCUGCUGACCCGCUGGGGCCGGGUCUGGGGGCAAACACCGGACCCCACUGUAAGUGGGAACAGCACCAUUACACCCUCUGGCCCCAGCCCUGGCUCCAAUGGGGCCCUGUCGCAGGAGGCCACCAUUGCCAUCAUCGUGGUCUUCUCCCUUCUGGCCGCCGUGCUCCUGGCCGUGGGCCUGGUACUUCUGGUGCAGAAGCUUCGGGAGAAGCGGCAGACGGAGGGCACCUACCGGCCCAGCAGUGAGGAGCAGUUCUCCCAUGCAGCCGAGGCCCAGGCUCCCCAGGACUCCAAGGAGACGGUGCGGGGCUGCCUGCCCAUCUAGGUCCCCUUCCUCUACCCAUCACCCUUCCUGGCUGUGUGACCUUGGGGGAAGGCAGAGCCCUCUCUGGGCAAUCAAACACACCCAGCGCUUAAGAAUAGAAGGGAAGAAGGUGCUUCAAAGACUCUGCCCUUGAGGGCAAGGGAGACUGAGGCUGCUUACUUUAUAUAUAUCUAUACAAUGGGUAGUGUGAUGUAAUAAAACCUUUCUGUGGGCUGGUGGGGGCAGGAGGUAGCCUAGAUGGAGGAGACACAUAGGCUGUUGAGAGAUGAAUUGUAAGGUCUCGAGGGUCCUAGGGGCUGGGAGGGCUUCCUGGAAGGGAAAGGCUUUUAGCUGCACCUAAGAGCCAGCCGGAGGCUUCCUCGGGAGGGAAGGUGGGGAGUGGGGUGGGUUUCUGAGCAGAAACAGGGCUCCCAGGUAAACCCACCAGGAAAAACAAGCUUUGGGCUCUUGCAGCUUUAUUGAGGGGCCAGAGUCUCCUCCAGACCCCUGAUUGUUAACCUUCAAAACACUUUUUAAGCUCAGCAACCCUGGGCCGGCUCCUGGCCUGGAGCUCCUCCCAGUUGCUAGCAGGAGGAUCAGGGGGCCUGGGGGCUCCCGGCUCCUCCUGGGGCUGGAGGUGCGUUCGCUCUGGGAGCAGGACCUCCAAAGGCUGGGCUCUGGGGCUCUCUGGGGAACCGGGAUCCGAGAAAGAAUCAAGGACUUGGGAUGCCCAGGUAAUAUCCGAGUUGGGCUUUGUGGGGGUCAGAAGUUGGCGGCUUUCUCGAGGGCUGGGUGCUGUGGAGAGCUGGGAGCAGGGGCUCUCCUGGGCUGUGGGAUCCUCGGUUGCCUCGUGGGGAGGGGAGAGGCAUAGAGGCUGGGGCUCUGUGAGAGAGGAGCUGGGGUCCCCUUUGCUGCUUGGGUCUGCAGAAGCUGUCGAAGACUGGGACGGGGAAAUGAUUUCUGGGCUGGCCUCUGAGGGCAGCUGGGAAGUGGGGUGCUUCGAGGAGCUCGUGGCAUCUGAAGGCUGGGGGGUGUGCAGAGGCGGCAGGCCGACAGAAAGGGACAGGGGCUGGGGCCCUGGUGGUUUCUCGUCAUCUGCUUGCCAUCUUGAUCUUCCUGGUAUGUCGGGCUGGGUGGGGAUGGGGAGAUGGGCACGUUGCUGGCCUUUAAAUGAAGGAGGGGCUGGCAGGUUGGAUGAGCAAAUGGGGAAGGGCUGGGGGGCUCUCACCAGGCUGAGGCAGCUGUCCAGGUCCCCUCUGUGGCAGCAGUCCAAACUCUGGCUUGGCCGCAGGCUGCUGUUCCGGAUGGCUCUCAUGCUCAGACUAUCCAGAAUCUCGCUCAGCAAAUCCAGUUCUUCUCCGGACCCAAGGAAGCUGCCAUCCAGAGCUUCCUCUGCCAACGGUUCCUGGGCAUCCUCAGGGCUCAGAGAGGGUGUCCUGGGUGAGGAUGGGCAGCCUCAGAUAUCUGCCCCAGACCGGCUGCUCUGAAGGGUCUGGAGUUUUGGGGCCCACUUCCCCAUGAGUCCCGGCCCCCCACUUCCAACAUUGCUCCCUCCCUCUGCCUUGGAGUCUUACCCCUCCCCCAGGGACUCAGAAGGUCUCUCUUCCCGCCGGAGUCUCCUGCUGGGGCGAAGGGGCCGGUUCUGCAAAGGACAGAUUUGGGGGCUGGGGCCUCAGGAGCUACAGAAUCAGGGGGUUCUGUGAAGGGGGAGUGGGCACCCCAUUUUUGGGGUAGUCGAGAUGUCUGGCUGGAGACGGGAUGGGAGAAGGACUUGGUGAUAAUUCCAGGUACGUGCGUUGGCGCGGGGGCAGGGCUCUUACCUGUCCAAAGUGUUGGGUGAUAGGCAAGCGCUGCUGCAGACAAUCUGAGCGGCUGGUGAGGGAAGGGGCCCUCAGGGAGCCCCCCCUCUGCAGGCCAGAGUCCCCAUCCUAGGAAGAGGGUGGGUGAGCCAGGAGCCCCUCCCCCCGCUGCCCCACGGCGUUGGCUACUGGCUUUACCUUGUACAUCAGAAGGCUCUGCACACCCUUCAAGCCACUCUUCGCCUACGGAGGAGCCAAAAGAGACUGAGAAUCCAGAGCGAUUUGACCCUGGACAUUUGAGAACUCGGCCCUCCAUCCCCGAGGACAGUUUUGUCUUCCCAUCUGCUCAUGUAUGUCUCAAAAUAUAUUCAAGUUCCCCCGGUACCACCUAAGAAGUCAAUACAAACUUGCCCCUUUGACUAACACAGAAGGAAUAUUACUGGAGGAGAUAACCACCAAAUGAAACAGGAAAUGGCAAAACUAGAACAUCGUAAAAAUGAGUCAGUGUUCAAAAGCCGAGCAAAGAAUAAAAUCCAGCAGACAACUGCGAGCUGUGGAAGUUGGUCCCAGGAAAAUUUUGGGCUUGGGAGAAAAACAAACCACAAGGGCAGAAGCUGGGAUUGUGGUGUCUCAGAAGGACAAAAGAUGUUUGCCAAAGAACCUUGGUUGUCAUUUUUAAAUAGGAAAGACCUGAUGUGACAAAAAUGAAUGAACACAGUCAAUGGAAAAUAAAAGUAGGAAACAUUGUAAAUGGUUUAA